AUCAGCCAUGGACGAUGACCACAGCUACGACAACAACACCGUCGACACUUCAAAGUCCGAGCGAUCCAUCUGGCUUAUGAAGUGCCCUCCGGUGGUCGCGAAGGCCUGGCAAUCCUCUGCCGCCUCAUCUUCCUCUUCUGCCGCCACAUCUGAGUUGCCGUCGGUGGCGAAAGUUGUCGUCUCUCUCGAUCCCCUCCGCGCGGAAGACCCUUCAGCCCUUCAUUUUACGAUGGAGAUGGCUGGUGGUGACGUUGUACAGAUGCCCAAAAGCUACUCUCUAAACAUGUUUAAGGAUUUCGUUCCCAUGUGUGUAUUUUCCGAGGCGAACCAGGGAAGAGUUGCAUUGGAAGGCAAGGUAGAACACAAGUUUGACAUGAAACCGCAUCAUAAGAACAUCGAAGAAUAUAGGAAAAUGUGUCGGGAAAGAACAAACAAGUCGAUGGUGAAGAACAGACAAAUUCAGGUGAUCAAUAAUGACCGUGGUGUGCACAUGAGGCCUAUGCCUGGAAUGAUGGGGUUAAUUUCUUCUACUUCUAAGGAUAAGAAAAAGGCAGCACCAGUUAAGGGACCAGAUGUUAAAAGAACUAGAAGGGACCGUGGAGAGUUGGAAGAUAUUAUGUUUAAACUUUUUGAGAGACAACCAAACUGGACAUUGAAGCAGCUUGUUCAAGAGACUGAUCAACCUGCUCAAUUUUUAAAAGAGAUAUUGAAUGAGCUCUGUGUAUACAAUAAAAGGGGAACAAACCAAGGGACAUAUGAGCUCAAACCAGAGUACAAGAAAUCUGUUGAUGAUACAGGUGGUGACUAGUGAUUCCAUAACUUUCCUGCACAUUAGAUCUGCUUAUGCAGAGUAGUAAGGAGCUCUAAUUAUAAUUCCAUACAUACUCAUUGAUUGUUGUUUUGUGAGAUAGCCGUUUUCCUAUACUCAGCCGAUCUGAGAAAAGAACAAGGUUACUUGUAAGAAGCUUGUUGUUACUCUGUAAUAGACUGCCGUAUCUUUUCCCGGAUUAGAUUUCCAUACAACUUGAUUUCAUAUAUAAUAUCAUCAAAGAUAAGCUAUUGGUUAUUUUCUUUCA